UUCUUUUUUACUGAAUCUCAAUUCCUCUAUUUUUUCUGGCUUGAGUUACAAAAAACAAGAAUAUUGUAGAAUUAGACUAAACUAAUUAGAAAAGUGAAAAUCUUGGCACUUUAAAUGUUAAAAUUCUAUCUGAUAACAUGGGGUUCGACUGAUGAUGAAGAACAAAGCUACUUGACUUCAGGGAAGCAUGGGGAAAUUCCAGAGCCAUUCCCUCUUCCAACUGAAGCUCCAAUUGUGAACGCUGCUGCUGGCUGGGGGCAUUGUGUUGCUGUUACAGAUGCUGGUGAAGUUUAUACAUGGGGAUGGAAGGAGUGUGUGCCCUGUGGAAAUGUCUCCCAUGAUUUGGUUAGCAGCGGGAGCUCCCAAAAGGAUAUUGUUGGUAAACAGAACAUUUUACCAACCGAGCAAGUGAGCCCAAGGUCUCGGGGUUCAAACGUAAGUGUUGGGGUGGUUUCUCAACCAGAGAACCGAAAAGCUGGGGAAGAAAUGAUAAAGAAGAGAAGAAUAGCUGCAUUAAAAGAAGAAUCUGAAGGCUUAACUUGUGGAGAUGAAUUAUUCACGGUAUCGCCUUGUCUUGUGACUCUGGGUCCUGGAGUGAGGAUCACCAGUGUUGCUGCUGGCGGGCGGCACACUCUAGCACUGUCAGAUGUGGGACAGGUGUGGGGCUGGGGUUAUGGAGGCGAAGGACAGUUGGGGUUGUCUUCCCGGAUAAAAAUGGUGUCCUCACCUCAUCUCAUACAAUGCAUUGAGCCACCUACUUCCAGGAAAGAUAGUCCUUUAGUAGUUCAGCAAGGAGACCUAAACUCACCAAUACAAGUCUCUAAAGCAGUUGGAAGCUACAUAAAAGGAAUUGCUUGUGGAGGUCGACAUAGUGCUAUAGUAACUGAUACUGGAGCACUACUUACAUUUGGCUGGGGACACUAUGGACAGUGUGGCCAAGGAACUACUACUGAUAUUCUGAGACCAAUGUUUGUUUCUUCUUUAUCGAGCAUACAAGUAGAAAGAGUUGCAGCUGGGCUAUGGCAUACUCUCUGUAUAUCUGUUGAUGGCCGUGUAUAUGCUUUUGGUGGAAAUCAGUUUGGACAGUUGGGAACUGGUGCUGACCAGCUUGAGGUACAUGUGGUUUGGAAGGCUGUUAUAUUUCUUGGUUGAUAUAGAUUCCCCCAGGACCUUCAAGAUAUGAAGAGGGUAUAUAUGAUCAUUACCUAGAGUCCUAGAGGAUAGGAUUGGCAGUGUCUUCCAUGUUUAACAGUAACAUAGAAACUAGCACUGGGCACUGACCCGGUGACCCUCGGCCUUAUGUAGUUUUGAUGAAACAACUUAGCCUCUUUUUGGUGCACCUGCUUCAGACGUUACCAAGGCUAUUGGAUGCUCCAGUUUUGGAGGGCAAGCACGCAAAAACUGUAUCAUGUGGAGCUCGGCAUAGUGUGAUGCUAACAGGUAUGACUUAAAAACUGAUAUUAAGUGUCAUUCAGGUAUCGGUAAAUGAAUCAGCCUAGUCAGUUUCAACUGGUUUUCUGGCUGACAUUCUAUUGGAGCAAUUUUGUUUAAUGAUCUGGAAUCCUUGGAUGUAGUGCUAGCAGCAUUUAGGGCAUAGUUGUAUUUGAUAUGAGAUUGAUGUUUUACCGUUCGGCCUGAUUCAUUGGUGCAAAGGGUUAAAAUAUUUAAUGCCUUAGACUUAAGAACAUUUUUUUGAUAUUUUCUUUGACAAUGCAUCUUGUUUUCACAUUCAAGAUGAUGGCGGAGUACUUAGCUGGGGAUGGAACAAGUAUGGGCAGCUUGGUCUAGGUGAUACAAUUGACCGUAAUGUUCCUUCCCAAGUUCCCAUUGAAGGUUGCCUGCCAAAAGAUGUUGCGUGUGGUUGGUGGCAUACGUUACUACUGGCAGAAACACCUCCCUGAGUCCCAAAUUCUUUUGACAAGGGGUGACAAUUUCGGUAAAAUGAGGAUGUCUGACAGCUCAAGAGUCCACAAUGCAUUAUUCAUCUCUGGAUAUUCAGUGUACACAAAGUUCUGUGCAUAUGCAUGUAAGCAUGUGCUGAAUUCUUUUAGCAACU